UCGAUGAUUGAAAUCCAUUAAUUAGACUAUUAAGUGUUUUUCAGUUUUUGCAUGUAAAAGACAUAUGCGGCCUCGUGUCUCGUAUAAUUAGCGCAGCAUGACGGCGACGGUCAGUCGCACAGUAUGGAUUUUCACGGAAUCGACGGAAACGAGUCUGCGCCAUUCGUGCGAUUUUCGCAGCUGUGUCGCUCUUCUCGACCAACCACGCGCAUCACACCACGGACGCAGUGCCGUAAGAGCCGCCGGUGAAGAGAUCCUUCGUCCGUUUCAUCGUAGAUGUCCCGAGCUCCCGAGAAAGAAUUAUGGAAGACAUGAUGGCUGUAAAUGGGGUGAAAGAAGUGAACGGCAGCGCGGACAGGAUCUACUACGAAUUGGACGGCGAAGGCGACGCCGAUAGCUCGACAACUCCGAGUCACAACGUGGAUCAUCGCGAUCGUAGCGAGAGCCCAGUUUUCGGCAUCGAAGGUGGUGGAACCGGUACUGGGGGCGGCAGUAGCUUGAGGCUUGCAUCUGAGCUACCGAACGAGAUUUCGGCGCCCUACGAAGUACCACAAUUCCCAAUCGAGCAGAUUGAGAAGAAGCUUCUAAUUCAACGACAAUUGACCGUCAAAGCUGCGAAGGAUCUUGAGGAACGUCGCAGUCAUUACGAACCAUCGCUCCAUCCAGGAGAUCCUGAUGACAACGAUUAUAGUUUCAAAAUCGAAGAAAAUGACUUCGUGCCUCACUUCCAACGGGUUUCCAUAUCCGGCGAGGACACUUCCGGAGUACCUCUGGAAGAUCUUCAAAGGGCGUCAAAAAUGCUGGUACAGGCAUUAGCGAUACGCGAGAAAUACAUGAACAACUCCAAGCAGAGUUUCCCCUCCAUUACGUCUAGAUUCUUACGUAGUGUCGAUAAAAGACCAACCACCAUGGACGACGAAGUCCACCACGAUGAUCGAAUGGCUAUCAAAGAUCAUCCGGUACAUGCGCCCGCGUCUCGGGGCGAUCCAUGGGAUUGCGAGUUUCCACCAGCGAAGAACUACAAGAUUUUACCGGUCAACGGCGUGUUCAAUAUGUUCGCUAACGACGAGGAUCUGGCCAAUGGCAAGCCACUCCCAUACUCGUAUCCGGAUCUGGCGACCUUUGUCCAAGAAAUGAAUCUUUUGUGUACCAUGAUCGCCGACGGACCCCUAAAAUCCUUCUGCUACCGUAGACUGAGUUAUCUUUCCUCCAAGUAUCAAUUGCACGUACUGUUGAACGAGCUCAGAGAGUUAGCGAGUCAGAAGGCGGUGCCGCAUAGGGACUUCUACAAUAUUAGGAAGGUCGAUACUCACAUACAUGCAGCCUCAUGCAUGAAUCAAAAGCACCUGCUUAGAUUUAUCAAGAAAACGUUGAAGAACCACGCAGACGAAGUGGUCACUUGUUCCAAGAAUGGGGAAACCAUGACACUCCGUGAAGUUUUUCAGUCUAUGAACCUGACCACUUACGAUUUAAGUGUCGACAUGUUGGAUGUACACGCAGACAGAAAUACAUUUCACAGAUUCGACAAGUUUAACGCAAAGUACAAUCCAAUCGGCGAGAGCCGUCUGCGUGAAGUUUUCCUGAAAACGGACAAUUAUCUGAACGGCACGUACUUUGCGAGAAUAAUCAAGGAAGUCGCAAGCGAUCUUGAAGAGUCCAAGUAUCAGAAUGCGGAACUGCGCCUUUCGAUCUAUGGCAAGAGUCCAGAGGAAUGGGACAAGUUAGCCAAAUGGGCGAUCCAGGGUGAUGUCAACUCGGACAAUGUGCGCUGGCUUAUACAGAUUCCUAGAUUAUACGAUAUUUUCAAGCUAAACAAGCUUAUGACGAACUUUCAAGAGAUCAUCAACAAUAUCUUCUUGCCGCUCUUCGAAGUGACCAAUAAUCCCCAUUCUCAUCCGGAGCUACAUAAAUUUUUACAAUAUGUAAUAGGUUUCGAUUCCGUGGACGACGAAAGUAAGCCGGAAAAUCCUCUCUUCGACAAAGAUGUUUGUCAACCUGCGGAAUGGGAUGACAUAGAAAAUCCUCCAUACGGAUAUUACCAAUACUAUACUUACGCGAAUAUGAUUGUUCUCAAUCACUUUAGAGCGGAGCAAGGCUUAAAUACGUUCGUUCUGAGACCUCACUGUGGCGAAGCCGGGCCUGUUCAGCAUUUAGUGUGCGGCUACAUGAUGGCGGAAAAUAUUUCACACGGUCUGCUGCUCAGAAAAGUCCCCGUUCUCCAAUAUUUGUAUUAUCUGGCGCAAAUUGGCAUCGCGAUGUCGCCGCUCAGUAACAAUUCACUUUUCCUAAACUAUCAUCGUAAUCCGCUUCCAGAAUAUCUUGCUAGAGGACUAUGUGUAAGCUUAUCCACAGACGAUCCUCUUCAGUUUCAUUUUACCAAGGAACCUCUGAUGGAAGAAUAUAGUAUUGCUGCACAAGUGUGGAAACUUAGUUCGUGCGACAUGUGCGAGCUGGCACGCAAUUCUGUUAUCAUGAGCGGUUUCCCGCAUAAAAGCAAACAGUACUGGUUGGGACCUAAUUAUACGAAAGAAGGAGUCGCUGGUAACGAUAUCACGCGAACCAACGUACCGGAUAUACGGGUAGCUUAUCGGUAUGAGACGUUGGUCGAUGAGCUAUCUAAUAUCUUCAAAGUCGUAGAAAAACCCGAAUCCCUUCCAUUUUAAUAAGAUUAUUCGAGGUAUGUCAGAAUGGGCGGAUCAAUUAUCGCGCGAUGGCAUUCAGUUUAUAGAUUGCAAAUUAUAAAGAUUAUUCGUACGCGAUUUAUCCUCGCAAUUCUUAGUUCUUCUACAUCGAUCAGAGAAUAUUUCUAUAAUCUUGCGAGUUUUCCGACGAAUUAUUUCUUUAAGGAUAUAUAACUUUUCUUUUGACGUGUAUCAAGAACAUAUGACUCGGAUCAAACUUGAUUUAAUAUCAUUCGAAUUGUACUUUAUAAAGUAUAAUCUCAAAUAAUUUUUAAUAUAUCUUUUAUUGUGGUCAUACAAACCUCUCACAUGAAAGCAUGCUUAAGAUUGUGAUAUACGCCACAUGACGUAAAGGAAUACGAAAUUAGUGAUUAUGACCAGAUAAAUGUGAUUUAGCCGAUUGUUAUAAUUCAGUGAUAAAUUGUGAAUUUAGUUUUGAAACUAAAAUUUACAUUGAUGAUCAGAUAAAUAGUGCGUGAAUCGCCAUUGUACAUCUUAUAAUUUUAUUUUUUUUUAUAGAAUCUUUAAUCGUAAGGAUAAAAAUUAAUCAGAAAUUAUAUAUACACGUUGACCAAUUUAAUAAUAGUUGUUAGAAGGUAUUUCUUCUAUUGUUUUUGCAACAUUAAUAACACACUAGUGUAUUGUAAUAAGCUAGAACCGGGUAUAUUAUAUGUUCGUUUAUCUUAAAAUUAGUAUUUUAAGCAUCCCGUGAUGGAAUAAAUCCAUUUUUCAUAUCUUGGCUGUGCUCGACAACAGCAGUACUCUUUUUUGGAUUUUAGCUUUAUUUUCUUACAUUUUUGUACAUUUAUAUUGUGAAACCAUAUGACAUUGUUUCGACGAGUAUUCAGACAGCUGGCUCGUAUAUGGAUAGUUAACUCGUGCCAUUGUAUAUACUCUGUAAUAACCUCUCCUUUUCACAAAUAGAUAGUGUAAAUAAGAAUUUAGUUUAAUUAGAUGUAACAAAGAUAUUUUUUUUUACUAACUAUAUAACUAUAUGUGCCAAGCAGCAGUAUAAACCAUUCUGUCUCUUUUUAUCUUAAUUGUUACGUGGCCUUUCUCACUAUUUUUUCAGCUAUUUUCCGAGAGAACUUUCCGAACAACGAGCCUAAUUAAGCGAUAUACGAUCUAUAAACUAUUCGACUAUAAAUUUACUCGAACUUACUACUACUGUGUCCUCAUAUCGAAUUUAAAUUAAAUUGUUGCUAGAUAAAGAGAAAAAUAUAUUUAUUGUAAAAAAUAUAUAUAUUACAAAAAACAGAAAUAUAUCUUCAUCGUUAAAACCGAAUUUGCGAAAUUAUUAAUGAUAGGCGCUAAUGAUAGUCUGAUUUACAUCAACAUCACCAAAUGAUCAGGUACAUUUGUAGCAAUAGAAAUUAAGAAUAUAACUUUCCUUUUUAUUCAUUGAAUUAUAUGAAAAUAUAUUAUCGAGGUAGUAGAGAUUACAUUUCGAAUGUUAUUAGCUAUUUUAAAAAAGUAUAUAAAUUUAUAGAAAACAAUGGACGAUACUGAUUAUGUUCUCGAUAUUACAUUUGUUUGAAAAACAUGCAAUCUUCUAUGUAUAUGAAAAUAAUACGAUUAUUA